CACAUGGCAGGGACGCUUCUGGAAGGCAUGGCUACAUGGCUGCCAGUCCAUCCAUUUCUGGGUUUAGGUAGGCCUCUGUAAAAUGAGCUAGGCAAAGACCAUGGACUCAAAAGAGGUCAAAAUGGGUUGGGCAUCUCCAGAAUUCCCCCUGGGCAUUGAGUCAGGGUGCCUGAUAUCUUCAUUUAAAAAAGCCUGUACUUUAUGCCAUUGAGUCAUUUGGCCAAAUCUACACUCUCAGAUAAUUCUAAUUAAUUAUAAUUUUUUCUAAAGGAACUUGAAAACGAGAGUCCUGCUGGUAGUAAAAAAGUAGACCAGAAAUACCCAUGCUUUUUGGCCAAAAAUUCUCCUAAGCAAAGGGCAGGAAAUGUCCCUUUCAUUUUGUGGAAGAACUUCUGCAGUUUGGAUAUUGAAUAGAAGCCAAAGGGGUCACUUUGACCUCUUUCCAUGAAGAACUGGUGGGGAAUACACAACUAGAGAAUCAUAAUUAACACACAGUGCCGAUGUGAAAUAAUCAUGGCCUUGGCUUAAGAAAACCUCAUGACUUACUAGAAUCAAAAUAGGAAGAAUGUGGCCAUUAGCCUUUGGUUCUGGAAUGGGGUUAGGAAUGGCCUACUCCAACUGUCAGCAUGAUUUCCAGGCUCCAUAUCUUCUACAUGGAAAAUAUGUCAAAAUUGAGGAGCCACUCUGAAGAAGCUGGGCUGGAAGGAUACAGUCCUCUUGUGAGACAGAUUUAAAGCAAACAGAGUGGUAAGGCUUGGGGCCCGUUGGUCCUCUGGGUCUGACCUGCAGCAGUAAGUUAGAGAGGGUUGUCAGAAUGCUGUGUGCACCGUUCUAACCUGAGUGUCCUUACU